AGGAGCUCGGGCUGCUGUGAUACCCAGCCACAGAAUCAUACUGCACUAGACGGCUCCGGAUCUGUGCACCUGCAGCAAUGAGGAGCACGUGAAUCCCUCCCUGCUGGUUCCCUUGUCUGUGUCACAGUGUGGGCAAAGAGGAGGGGAGGGUGAGGAGACUACAAGAUAACAGGAAGAUAAAAGGAUACAGCUGUGCACUAUGGCGGAAGAAAGGAACAAGAGAGCCCUGCUGGAACUGGCCCAGAAACCUGGCAAUACGGUGUGUGCUGACUGUGGAGCUCCAGAUCCAGACUGGGCAUCCUACACUCUUGGGUUGUUCAUUUGCUUGAACUGUUCUGGAAUUCACCGCAACAUCCCUCAGAUCAGCAGAGUGAAAUCUGUCCGUUUAGACCCAUGGGAUGAUGUACAGAUUGAGUACAUGUCAUGCCUGGGAAAUAAAGUAGCACAAGCAAAAUUUGAGUCAAAAGUGCCAGCAUUUUACUACAAGCCAGCUGCUUCUGACUGCCAAGUGCUCCGGGAGCAGUGGAUCCGGGCCAAGUACGAGAGAAAAGAGUUCAUCUACAUCGAGAAGCAGGAACCUUAUUCUGCAGGUUACAGAGAAGGAUUGCUCUGGAAGAGGGGACGUGACAAUGGACAAUUCCUCAGCAGAAAAUUUGUACUGUCAGAACGGGAAGGAGCCCUAAAAUACUUUAACAAAAAUGAUGCAAGAGAGCCCAAAGCAAUUAUGAAGAUUGAACAUUUAAAUGCCACUUUCCAGCCAGCCAAAAUAGGGAACCCAAAUGGACUGCAAAUCACUUACUUAAGGGAUAACAGCACAAGAAAUAUUUUCAUGUACCACGAGGAUGGCAAGGAGAUUGUGGAUUGGUUUAAUGCGAUACGAGCAGCGCGGUUUCACUACUUACAGGUGGCUUAUCCAGGGGCUGGAGACAUCGAUUUGGUGCCAAAGCUGACACGGAACUUUAUGAAAGAGGGGUUCAUGGAAAAAACGGGACCAAAGCAUACAGAAGGCUUUAAGAAGAGAUGGUUCACCUUGGAUGACAGAAGAUUAAUGUACUUUAAAGAUCCUUUGGACGCCUUCGCUAGAGGAGAAGUGUUUAUCGGGAGCACAGAAAACAAAUAUAGAGUAGAAGAGGGACUUCCAGCCGCCAUACAAGGGAAUCACUGGCAGUACGGAAUCACCAUAACAACUCCGGACAGGAAGUUCCUUUUUGCUUGUGAAUCGGAUACUGACCGCGCUGACUGGAUUGCAGCCUUUCAGAAAGUUCUCAGUAAGCCAAUGCUUCCACAGGAAUAUGCGGUGGAAGCCCACUUCAAGCAUAAACCAUAGCACAGAGGGUUCCUACAACUGUUUACAAGUGCACAAGAUUUAUGGCAGAGCAAAAAUGUAUCUACAAGGUGAAGAGACUACAAAAAGGGAAAAAUCUGAAGCCCACUGUGAUAUGCUGGGAGCAGCUCUGCCCAACAAGUUCUGCUUUCCACUACAGUUCAUCCAAGGACUGAGCAUGCCAGCGUAAUGUCUGUCUACGUGUUUCGUGCCAUACCCAUCCUCAGCAACGGCCUCAGUGGAGGAGAUUUGUGAAGUUUAUCCAGUACCUGAAGGGAAGUUCAUUAUCACACUGCACCCAGAUGGUGCAUUAUCCAAGGAUCAUGACAAAUUUCAAGUGAACCUUUUUUUUUUUUUAAUGAAGUGUAGAAACUUUGAUGUCUAUAAUCAACAUUCCCUGAAUGGCUUGUCCUCCUCGUGUGACUUAAAAAUUCACUGAAUGACCUCCAUCCUUUAUAGUAUGGGCAUAACUGUAAUUCUUAUUAAACCACUAAACAGUAAGGUCUCUGGCUACUGAAGAAGGAUCCAUUCUAAA